AUUCCAUGGCACACUACAACCUGCACUGAUGGGAAAAGUCAAGAGGGAAGAACUUUCUUGGCAGCUGCUCUCAGUUUCUUGCAAAAGGGUAUCACUUGCUCUCAGUUUCUUGUUUAUCCUCGUCUCCCACUCCUCAAUCCCUAAAACAUCUACUUCAAGAGCUUCUUUGGUUGCACUAUUUUCUCUAGUCGAAAUUGAAAUUAAUUAUUUUGGAGCAGCUCCCUCUUCAAUCUCCUUUCUGGAUCUGUGGAAUUCCUAUGGCGGAGGCUGUGAUAAGCUCAUUAGUCCUAAAGAUAGGUGCUGCUUUAGCUAUUAAAACAACAAAAUCAGCAGCAUCACUAUUACGAACAGGGAUGUUAGCAAUGAAAGAACUCAUGAAGGAUAUAAGUGACAUUAAGGAUGAGCUUGAGAUCAUGCAAGCCUUCCUACGGAUUGCAGAAAGACUAAAAGAGAAGGAUGAGAGCACAAAAAUCAUUAUAAAACAAACAAGAGACUUGGCUUUCGAAAUUGAGGAUAUUAUAGAUGAGUUCACGUAUAAGCUGAGCGAGGAGCAAGGAGGGGUUCUACCCACAGCAAUCAAGAGGUACAGAAAUAUAAAAACCUGGCAUCACCUUAGCCAGAGGCUUAAAGAGAUCAAAAUUAAGCUCCAAAACAUUAUGGAAAGAUGGAAGCGAUAUGAUACGAGAGGAAUGGAAAAUGAAGCAAGGCCUCUAAUAGCUGUUGGUGGUAGUAAAAGCCGUGCAGAAUUAGCACAUUUUGUCGAGAAGGAUGGUAUCGUGGGUAUUGACAAGUACAAGGACUUGUUGCUUGAAUGGUUAAAAAAUGAGGAUGAGCAACAACGGCAACACGUGAUAAUCUCAGUGUUGGGGAUGGGUGGUCUGGGGAAGACCACUCUUGCGACUCAUGUGUACAAUAUCAUCAAAGCUUCCUUUGAUGCUUGUGCCUGGGUUGCUGUAUCUCAGAGUUAUGAGAUUGAUGAUUUGCUUAGAAAGAUCUUAAAAGAGUUUUAUAGGGAAGAUCCUGAGAAAAGACAAGAACCUAACGACAGUGAUACCAUGGAUUACAGAAGCUUGGUUGGGACUAUCCGCACUUACUUGCAGUAUAAAAAGUAUGUACUCAUUCUGGAUGAUGUUUGGAGUACUGAUGUACUGGACAAUAUAAAAGUUGCACUUCUGAAUAGUAAUUGCAAGAGUAGAAUAGUUCUCACAACAAGGAUUCGCGAUGUAGCUCUAUUAGCAAACGAGAACCAUAUGUUUGAGCUAAAGCCACUGGAGGCAGAUCAUUCGUGGGAUCUGUUUUGUAAAAGCGCAUUUUGGAGAAGUGCAAACAAGAUUUGCCCACCACAUUUAGAACAAUGUGCUCAAAAAAUCAUUGAGAAAUGCGGUGGCUUGCCCCUUGCUAUUGUAUCUAUAGCCCGUCUCUUGUCAUUUCGAGAACAAACCGGUUCUGAAUGGGAGAAGGUUUACAAAGAUCUUGAGUGGUAUCUAACUAACAACGAAUCGAAGCUCCAUGAAAAAGUAUAUGACAUUUUGAAACUUAGCUUGGACGAUCUUCCCCAUUACCUUCGAAAUUGCUUCUUAUAUUGUUCUAGCUUUCCGGAAGACUAUACAAUUGAAAGUGACAGGCUCAUAAGGCUUUGGGUGGCUGAAGGGUUCAUUGAAGAAAGAGAAAGAACGAUGGAGGAAGUGGCCGAGGACUACCUUAACAAACUUGUUCAUCGCUGUCUACUACAAGUGGCUGAGUGGAAUGAAGUUGGAAUAGUUUGUGCAUAUCGAAUGCAUGACGUCAUUCGAGUCCUUGCUCUUUCGGAGUCAAAGGAGUUAAGUUUCUGCAUGGUCUACGAGCAUUCAAAGAAAAAAUUGCGGAGUUCCGAAGCACGCCGCUUGUCAAUCCUAAGCAAUAUAACUAAUUAUCGUACUGAAGACAAAUCUCAUUUGCGUUCAGUACUUGUUUUCAACAAUUCCAUGAGCUAUGAUUUACUGAAGUCGGUCUUAAGAUCAUCAAAACUUUUGCGCGUCUUGGAACUACAAGGAGCGCUAAUCGUUAAACUACCGAGUGAGAUCUGUAACCUAUUCAACUUGCAUUAUCUAGGCUUGCGAGCAACAAAAAUUAAGGAGCUUCCAAGAUCAAUCGAGAAGCUACAAAAUCUGCAAAUAUUAGAUACAUGUGAAAGUGAAAUAGAAAAGCUGCCAAAGGAAAUAACAGAGCUCCAAAAGUUGAGACAUCUAGUUUUGUCCAACAAAUUGGGUAAGAACAUCAAGGGACUGGUGGGAAUAUGGCCCUUGAAGGGCUUGCAGACUUUGGCAAAUAUUGAAGCAACUGCAGAUAUUGUGCAGAAAGUAGAAGCUUUGACCGAGUUGCGGACAUUUAAGAUAAUCGGCGUAAGAACCGAUCACUGUGCAGACUUGUGGAAUAGUAUCACAAAGAUGAACCAUCUUAGCAAUUUAUCUGUCGAAAGUGAAGAUGGGAAAGAAUUACAGCAGUUGGGCACCCUGCACCUACCUCUGCCAAUUCAACAAUUAGAUCUGAAGGGUAAAUUAGACAAAAACUCACUCCCUAAGCUUGCCGCGUCCUUUGGGUCUCUAGCAAACCUAACCAAAUUAACACUUUCGGUGGCAAAAUUGGAUGAAGAUAUGUUUCCUUACCUGCAAGCUCUGCCCGCGUUGAUGAUUCUUAUCCUUUGUCGCGCAUAUGAUGGCAUGAAGUUGCAUUUCCAAGCAACAUCAUUCCCGAAGCUAAAGGAAUUGUUAAUAUCGUAUGCCCCGAAGCUCAGUCAGGUGGAAAUAGAAAGGGGAGCAAUGGCAAGCCUGAAUACGCUUUACCUAGGCGGUUGCCCCGAGCUGAAGGAGCUGCCCUCUAGCAUCGAGUACCUUACCACCCUUCAGGAUUUAUGCAUUAGUCUCCCGGCAGAGGAACUUGUUGAGAGGCUUCUAGGAGGAGGAGGAGGAGAAGGCGACCACAGCAAUGACUGCCGCACGUGGGUUCGCCAAAUCCCGAAGUUUACUAUUGGUUUCACACGAGACGGCAAGUUUGUCCAAGAAAGAAUUCAAUGAGUUUGUGCGCGUUUUGCAAAGCACCGGCCGCCGAGCUUGAUGCUUCCACAUUUUCCGCCUCAGAUCUUCUAUAUAAUCCGUGCAGGCUUGAGGAAAAUUCAAAAUGAUGCAUGAUCGAUAUGCAGGUGUUAUCUUAUAUGUAUCUUUUAUUUUAGGGAAAACUUCAAAAACCCCCCUGUGGUUUCGUGCUUUCUCAUUUUAGUACCCUGUGGUUUAAAACGUAUCAAUUUGCCCCCCUGUGGUUUCGUUUUUCUCUUUUUGUUA